GCCCCCUUUACCCCUCAGCCAUGUGGCUGCCGUUGGUAAAUAGAUGCUAAGCGUUAACUUCCUCCUCGUACAGAGUUGCGGGGCGUCGUGCGAUCAGAAAAGCGACUAUGUCGGUCGGUUCGGUAAGCCUUCGGGCCCAUGUGGAGGCUGUGCUGGGGUCACUGGUUAAAGCGGCUUCGGUAGAGUUAAUCAAAUUGUUCGAGAGCGAAUACCGAGCCUGCGCAGCUGACGAUGUGGGCCGCGCAGACCAUGAAGAGGGAAACGAGACCAUGGAGACCCUCCAGGUUUUUGGAAUAGGGAACAAUAAACGCAGCAUUGGUGUGCAAGUGACCGAGGACGUUCAUCCUGUGGUGGAGUUUUCUGAUCCUUCUCUCCCCUUUGGUGGGGGCUGUUUAGGAGAACACAUUGAGCUGCUGGUGGAGGGGUGCCUCAUUCCAUCAGACCUGCUGAGGACUGCUGAGGGUGAUGGCCACACUGACCCUGAGGGGUCACCUCUAAAGAAUCAGCAGAUUGUUGCAGAUCUCGUGAAUACGGGGGAGUUAGAUGUUCCUGAAGUGAAGGUUCCCACUGAUAAUGAGGCCCAAUUGGAGGCUGUUUUGCAGGUCUCUCCAGUGACCUCUGUUUCUACUGUGAGCUCCACUUCUAAGCAGAAGCCUAUUGUGGUUCAUCCAGACACAAGCGAUUCUGCUUCAGGGGAUAAAGUCAAGUUUGUUUGUCCGCUAAUCCUUAAACUGGAUGCUCCAGCUCCAGAGCCUGACAGUUCAGAGAAGCCUGUGCAAGUGGAACCUCAGCAAGCAUGCGUUAGCACCGCCAAGGGUACAGCUUACAGCCCUUCGGUGUCUGAUGGAGCCACAACCCCUGCACAGGUGGGCAUAUGGGAGCGGAUCCAGUCUCCAAAGGAUACCAAAAACCAUCUGCAGCUAAAACUGAAGCUUACCACUCUGGAUCAGAAGUUGACCUGCCCCUGUAAGGUACAGCUGGUAGACGUGCUCACAAUACCUGAAUCAGGAAUGAAGACUCCAGACAGUGCUACAAAAGGUAAAACUGGUUGGUCUUUACCAAAAGACCUCCGCCACCAUCAAGGCCUCCACACAGGCCGGCGCCUCUGCUGCUUCACCCCAUGUGGAAACGGUGUUUGGCGUCUCCAAAAGGUCGCAGCCCACUCCCGUGACGGAUACGUGUGCAGCCUCUGCGGAAAAGCCUUCCAGCGCCGGAAAAUCCUCCGGCGACACGCGCGCUUUCACACCGGAGAAAAGCCGUACUCAUGCUCGUCAUGCUCAAAGAAGUUUGCCUUGAGGAAAAGCCUUCGCCGCCACUUAAGGUUUCACACCGGCGAGAGGCCGCACAUCUGCACGCAGUGCGGCAAAAGCUUCCGCGUGCGGGAUAAUUUAAAAGCCCACAUGAGGUUUCACUCUGGAGAAAAACCUUUUAGCUGCACCUCGUGUGGAAAGAUGUUCAGGAUCAUGAGGAACCUCAAGCAACACAAACUAAGCAGGUGUGAAAGCUUCAUUCCAUCCUUCAAAACAAUCGCUGGCUAUUAGCUGGUUUAAAAACAACACUGCACGCAGCUGUCAGUCCAAGGUUGAUGCAGUUGCACCCUCGUCUACCUCAGAGUGAAAACACUGGAUGGUUUAUGCAGACACCUGGUCUGUAGAGACCACUCAAAUGUAAUGAGCCAUUUUGGUGCUAGAUAUUUAGUCAUUCCUGAAAGAGUUUUGUAAGCUUUACUACUUUAUUUUUGUCUUUACUGCUUUUUAUGUCAAUGGUUUGUGAGGAAUAAAAAACCUACAGCUAUUGGAUUAUUAAAAGAUCCUUCAAAGCGAAGCGAUUAAACUGGUAUGAGGAGAACUGCAGCUUUUUUGCGAAGUACCGUCUAUAUUGAAGACAUUCUCGCCGGUGCUUUUUGUCUGGAAGAACACUUCUACAGGGCAUAGAGUUAUAAUACUAAUUCUCUAAAUUUAUGAGGUCCAGAAUGAACACUAACAAAAACACAAACAUAAAUCUUUCUUGUGCUCGUAAAAAACUCCAGUCUGCAGGGCAUGAGGAAGAACAUGCCUGCUUUCAUCAUUUAUUCAAAUAUUAUGUUUUUACUGAUGCUGAUUCCUAAAAAGUGUAACAUUUCGUCUUGUUCUUGUAUCACUUAGUGGACAGAUUUUUGUUUUAAUUAUCCAGGGGAAAAAAGCUAUUUUUUUUUUACACUUAAAUUUUCUGAGAGCAAUGGAAGGUUUCAAUUUAAUGUAUUUUUUUAUCUUUAAUGCAAUAAACUUGUGAAGUUCACUCUCUGUUAGUUAUAAGCGGAAAUAAACAUUUAAUUUUACUGAGAACUGCAACAAAAAGUCAGGAUUAAGUGACAGUGCAGGAAUACUUUUUACACGCCCUGUUCCAGCUUCUUACAGUGCAUCAAUUUAGACGAAUUUUAAACCACUUUUUGUCUUGGUUUUUGCUGUUAUGAUGUUUUUCAGUCUUUGUUAAAUGUGAUAUUGUGGUUGCCAACCCUGCUUUGAUCAGCUUCCCAUCAUGUCCCAUAAGGUUUUUUGUAAGCAACCAACAACAUUCCUCAUAGUUCCUCAUCAUUCAUCAAAAACUUUAAUUGUGGUUUGAGGAUAAAGAUAAUUCUUGAUAUGAAACAAGCACAAUAUGUGAAGUAUGAUCUCAAAUGCUUUUUAGCUUUUUUUUUUCUUUUUGCAUUUCCUGUCACUGUAAUUUCUGAUUUUAAACUAGUUUUAUUAGAAACCAUAUCCUGUAAAAAAAAAUACUAAAACCAUUGAAGAUUUCUGACUGUUGAAUGUAACUGCUGAAAUGUGGACUCCUAAUACUUAGGAAAUGGUGGCGUAUUCAAAAAAUCAAACUGAUUGUUCAUUUGAGCAAUACUUACACUGAGGAAAUCUUUUAAUUUUGGAGGUAUGUUGGCAAUUACACCAAUAAUGACCUGAAAUGAGCCAGAUGAUACUCAUAACUUGUGGUUUCUUUAUCAUAUGGUUUUGCUGACAUCAAUUUAAAAUCACAACAAACUAUUUGAAAAUUGUGGUGUGGUAACAGUCCAUCUUUGUUUGGUUUAGAUACAUAAAACUAAAAAAUGUGCUCUAUAUUGACAGAUGUCUGUUUCAAUCUUUUAUAACUACUGUUUUUAGAUGUAUUAAGUUUUGUGAACCAAUAAAGAAAACUUAUUCUUGUUG